CCGGGCUACUAGGUAUUAAAAGCCAAAUAAAAAAGUCUUGAGUUUAGAUUUAAAAAGUACUAGGUCAGUGACAGUGCGUAUAUCAUGUGAAUCUAUCUUAUAUCUUAUUCAAAGAAUGAAGAAAAUGUACAGCAUCAGAAACACAAUUUUUGAGUACACAUAAAUACAUUUGAAAUAUGUAAAUGUCUGCUGUAUUAUAGCCUCUGUAUAUUCAUUUGGUGGAUCAGUAGUUCUCAAAAAAAUCUGAGGACCACCUGGGGGUUUCAUAAAGAUGAGAAACAUUUCAACUUCACUCCCAUGAAGUGGUGACAUGUUUAGUAUAAAGAUCCUCCAGGUGUGUGAGCCUCUUGAUGUGAGAGUAAAGCUGUCAGAUGAGUUUGUUUUGGGGGUCCUUGAGAUGAGAAGGCACUGCUGCCAUAAGGCACAUUCUUCCACUAGCAGAGGGGGGAUGGGAGAAGAGGGGAGGUUUUCUGUUGCUCUGACUCUCCCCCACCACCACCACCACCACCAUGUGCAUACCAGAGACACACAAAAAACAACAUCCACACAUUCAAGAACACAACAGAAACCUCUUCACCAGCAGGAAAAAAGCACUUCUUCUAGAGAGAUGUAGGAUCAUUUAUCAUCUUAUUUUUCUGUAAAGAAGGGUGGGCUCUGGAGGAGGAGGAGGAGGAGGAGGAGGAGGAGGAGGAGGAGGAGGAGGAGAGAAGUGGGUGGUGCAUCUGAGCCACAGAGAUCCUAUUACAGACAUCCACACUUUUUUUUUUUCAUGGCAAGUUUUUUUUUUUGGAAGUGGGGGGAGGGCGAAUCUGCAAACUUUCUCUGAUCUGAUGUCUUUUUCAUACUUACAACACUACAAAUGAAUACAUCACUUUAUUUGGACUUGAUGGUGCGCUUUUUUCCAGAGUUCCAGAGUGUUUUGGAGCUGUUUUUGAUUUUUGGAUAAUGAAGGAAUCCAGGAGGAAAGAGCAGCAGAAAGGAUCGGAGAAGGAGAAGAAGUGUAGGAGCAAAAAGUUUGGGAGGAUUGCGAGGAAAGUUUAGAAGUGGGACGCAGAAUUGUCCCCUCAACGUUCUGGAAUAUAAAAGAAGAACACUUUCUUGUGGAAAAACAGGAAUCACUGAAGAAUUCAAUUUUUAUUUUGCAGAUAAAUAAAUAUAAAUCUCUCCUCCAAGAUGUCUCCCAUUGUUGGGAUGCUGCUGUGCUGUGUCUGGGCCGCCUGGCUCUCCGGCUGCGAGGCGGUGUUGUUGUCUCCAAACGGGACCAUGUUCGAGGAUAACUGCAAGAAAACGUCCACAUGCGAGGCCCUGAAGUACAACACAUGUCUGGGAUCACCUCUACCUUACACACACACCUCUCUGGUCCUGGCAGAGGACUCCACAACCCAGGAGGAGGCUUUUGAGAAGUUGACCAUGUGGUCUGGUCUGCGGAACGCUCCUCGCUGUUGGUCCGUCAUCCAGCCGUUGCUCUGUGCCAUCUACAUGCCCAAAUGCGAGAACGGUCGGGUGGAGCUGCCCAGCCAGAGCCUGUGUCUGGCCACGCGUCGACCGUGUAGCAUCGUGGACCAGGAGAGAGGCUGGCCCAGCUUCCUCAAAUGUGACAAGUUCCCAGUGGGCUGUUCGAAUGAGGUGCAGAAGCUGAAGUUCAACAUGUCGGGCCAGUGUGAAGCUCCGCUGGUGAAGACGGACAUUCAGUCCAGUUGGUACAAGGACGUGGAGGGCUGCGGCAUCCAGUGUGACAACCCUCUGUUCACUGAGGAGGAGCACAACGACAUGCACGCCUACAUCGCUUACUUUGGCACCAUCACCCUCCUCUGCACCUUCUUCACCCUGGCCACGUUUCUUGCCGACUGGAAGAACUCCAACCGCUACCCGGCUGUCAUCCUCUUUUACAUCAACGCCUGUUUCUUCGUGGGCAGCAUCGGCUGGCUAGCUCAGUUCCUGGACGGAGCGCGCGACGAGAUCGUGUGCAAGAGCGACAACACCAUGCGACUCGGGGAGCCCUCGUCUUCAGAGACGCUGUCGUGCGUCACCAUCUUCAUCAUCGUGUACUAUUCCCUGAUGUCGGGCGUGAUUUGGUUCGUCAUGCUGACCUACGCCUGGCACACGUCCUUCAAAGCGCUGGGCACCACCCACCAGCCGCUGUCUGGCAGAACCUCCUACUUCCACAUGGUCACCUGGUCCGUCCCCUUCGUCCUCACCGUGGCCAUCCUGGCUAUUGCAGAGGUGGACGGAGACUCAGUGAGUGGGAUCUGUUUCGUCGGCUACAAAAACUACAGAUACCGCGCCGGGUUCGUGCUGGCCCCCAUCGGAGUGGUGCUCGUUGUCGGCGGCUACUUCCUCAUUCGGGGUGUCAUGACUUUGUUUUCCAUUAAGAGCAACCACCCGGGAUUACUGAGUGAGAAAGCUGCCAGCAAAAUCAACGAGACAAUGCUGAGACUCGGUAUAUUUGGAUUCCUCGCUUUUGGCUUUGUUUUCAUCACCUUCGGCUGCCACUUCUACGACUUCUUCAACCAGGCUGAGUGGGAGCGGAGCUUCAGAGAAUACGUGCUGUGUGAAGCCAACGUGACGAUCGCCUCGCAGACCAACAAGCCAAUCCCAGAAUGCACCAUUAAGAACCGGCCCAGCCUGAUGGUGGAGAAAAUCAACCUGUUCUCCAUGUUUGGGACGGGAAUCGCCAUGAGUACGUGGGUCUGGACCAAGGCCACCAUCCUCAUCUGGAAACGGACCUGGUGCAAGAUUAUCGGCCGCAGUGACAACGAACCCAAGAGGAUCAAGAAGAGCAAGAUGAUCGCCAAGGCGUUUGCGCUAAGGAAGGAGCUUCAUAAGGACCCGGAGAAGGAGCUCUCCUUCAGCAUGCAUACCGUGUCCCACGAUGGACCAGUGGCUGGGAUCAAUUUUGAACUGAACGAGCCGUCGAACGACGUGUCGUCAGCUUGGGCGCAGCAUGUGACCAAGAUGGUGGCCAGGCGAGGUGCCAUCCUGCCUCAGGACGUCUCCGUUACUCCGACUGGUACACCAGUGCCGCCUCCAGAGGAGAGGAACAGGCUGUGGAUGGUGGAGGCUGAGAUCUCACCAGAGAUGAUAAAGAGGAAAAAGAAGAAGAAGAAGAGGAAGAAGGAGGUGCGUCCGGCGGAGGAGGCGGUGGACCACCAGGCUCACCGGCAGCGUGAGUUCGGUCGCAGCUCGGUGCCUCGCCUGCCCAAACUGCCGAGCCACCCCAGUCUGGUCGCUAAUCUGCGGGAGCAGCAGAAGCUGGAGCAGGAAGUCCUGCCGGGGUCCUACCCAGAUUUCCAACCUUCCCACCCCCUUUCCUAUGAGGAGAGGUGUCCCUACCCGCCCUACCAGAGCAGUCGGAACAGCUACGGCCGCAGCCUGCUCUCUAACCCUCUAACCUUCAACGACCGCCCAGAGGAUCUGGGUCUGGGCCCACGCUGCCUCCCCUCAGCCUCCACCUGGCAGCCCAGCGGACCCUCCCGCUACCCCGGCGAGAUGGAUCUCACCGACGGGCUGUCGGAGAGGUUGGCCCACGUGGCUCGGGUACCGGCGGGCCGACGGGCCGGCUACGGACCCAUUCACUCUCGGACCAAUUUAAUGGAGGCGGAGCUUAUGGAUGCUGACUCUGACUUCUGAGAGCGUCGCUCCAACGUAUUGCUUUGUGGUACACAGACAGUAAGCUACAAAAAAGUGCUGGAUACUUUCAAACAAUCGUACUAAAGUCCACCUAAUUCCCAACGCCCAGAGGUCAAGAUGGAACUAAGCUGGUCAGUUUUUUUAUUUUGUUUUGGAAAAGAAACAAAGGGAUAAAGUGAAAAAAAUAUGUUGUGAAUAAGUUAAUGAAAAAUAUUUUUUUAUACUUUAUUUGUGUCCGGUUAAAUUUCAAAGGCAACUCCGUGAUGACAAGAUGAACGAGGCAGCUAAAACUUUAUGUGGCUUGAAACAGAUAUCUUUAUUCUGAACCCCCCUAUGUAUGCAUUCAUCAGCUAGUAUCAGCCCAACACGGAUGUCAUAUCAUGGAUGAAUUGCUAAUUGACACGGCCAACUUGUUUUUUAAAAUACCAGUAAGGACAUUUGAAGAUGAAGGCAGUGGAUUAAAACAUUUGAAAGUCAGUUAUGUUCUUAAUCUUUGAUCGACCGCAUGUGUCAUAAUUGUUUUACUGCUCUAAAGCAGUAAAACAUGACUCAUACAGAAGACCAUACAGGUUAAAGGUGCUAAAUACGGAUUGGGAGCAUUUCUAUUGCCUCUUAUCGCGCUCAUAGCAAAUAGUUGUUUGCUGCUCUAUUAAUGGUCUGGAUAUCAAAUUUAGCACCUUUAAAAAAAAAAAAAAAAAUUCUACGGGCUUCUUGCAAAUGCUGUUUACCCCAGAUCUUCUUUUGUGUUAUACUUUAAUGUUUUUAAGACUCUCUCUCUUCCCACCAUUAUUUAGCCAUUAAUUACUUGUGUUUAUGUACAAUUAACUUGAGGUACUAACCAUUAUCUCCCUUGCCCUAUUAAUACUAAUAGCACAGAAGUGAUUGCUAAGCAGGCAGGAAUUUAAGAGGUGUCUUUAAGAAUUUGUGAUUCACACUCGGCCUUACACAGAAGCCAGGAAAAAAUACUGUUAAAUUUGUACAAGACGAGUCAUUUUGUACACGCAUUUUGUGAUCAUUUACUUCAGACUUAGAAGAAUAAGCCAAAUUAUAUUGUCCUUACUUUACCUUCAUUUUAUUGACAUCUGCAGAGUAAUAGUGACACGAUUUUGUUAACGAGUGAGUUAAAACCAGGCUGAAAAGCAGUGUUUUGCUGUACUUUUUGAGGCGGUUCUAAGUUGCUCUUUAAUCAGCUGGUAUUCAAAAGGUACUGAGCUAGAAUACAUAUUAAUUAUUUGCAUGCGCUCUGUUGCCUGGUGCAAUAAACCAACAAUUAGUUUAUUUUUUGCCUGGAGAAAAAGACUGAAAUGAAUGCCGUCUUUUUUCUCAACGAGUUCUCCUUGUACAUUUCUUAACUUUUCUCCUUGAAAGUGUUAUUUUUUUACAGCAGUAUUUCUACUUUAGUUAAUCUGUUGUACAUAUUUAAUCUAAACUGAGCUUCAUAUGUGUUUUUUCUUCUCUUCAGUCCACUUGAAAAUCUUUUGUAUGACGUAUUUUAGGGCUUACUUUAGUCACUUUUCACCCCCAAAUGCUUCUAUUUUUCCGUCUCUUCCUUUCUAAAUGUGUGUUCUGUAUAUAGGUUGUUCAUAGAUUUCUCAAUAAGGGUAUUAUUUGUACAGAUUUAUAUAUCAAAUCACUUGGUUACUCUGCUGAUAUGAUAAAGAAAAAGGGAAGAGUCAACUAUGCUAUAAGAAGUUGUCACUGUACUUGUGCUGUAACCAAAAUGUCACCUAGUAUUUUCAUUUUACACUCAAUAUGGAUAAAUGAUGCUGAAGGAGAUAGACCAUUUCUUAGCCAAUGCUAAUUAGUCUGUCUAAUGUAAGUGUCUAGUUAUUCAUGUGAGAUGUGUAGGAUAGAGAAUUAUUUAUGUUAUUAGUAGUUAUCACACUGCUAUGAAUUCAACAAUGUAGGGAGUUUGGCAACAGAAAUAAAGCGUAGCUGAUAUCCACCCAAAAGGUUUAUGUUCAAAGAGUAUUAAGAGACUAAAUUAAGAUUAUUUUGGAAUUUAUGUUUUACUUUUUAAUGCAUUGAAAAGUAAUUUCAGUUUUUGUAAGCCUUGUGUUGCUUUCUGUGUUUAGUCUCCCAACUGUGUAAAAAAAAAAGUUUACUGUUACUUUGUGCAGCUGUAUUUGUUUUGUUUUUAUAUGUAAAUAAAAGUAACCCUACA